AUGAGCAUAAAGAACAUACAGAACAUAAAGAGAAGGAAGAGUCUAGCUCACAUCACCCAACUGAACAAGAAGAUCAUGAAGAAAAGGAAGAACCUGGCUCACAUAAUCCAACUGAACAAGAUCAUAAAUCCGAAGAACAAACUGAUCAUAAAACAAGGAACUGAGCAUGAAGAACAUACAGAACAUAAAGAGAAGGAAGAAUCUAGCUCACAUCACCCAACUGAACAAGAAGAACAUACAGAACAUGAAGAAAAAGAAGAACCUGGCUCACAUCAUCCAUCUGAACAAACUACGAAUAGUCACAAAGAACAUGAAACAGUAGAACACACAGAACAUAUAAGUGAGAAAUAUAAUGAAGAUGAACGAAAGGAGCACGAAGAACAAACCGAAAUUCAAACAGAAACACAUAAUGAACAUAAAGAACCAGAAGAACAUACUAUACAUGGAUCUAUAGAAGAAAACUUAGAACCCAAAGAGCAUGAAAAUGAGCAGAAGCAAUACGAAGAGCAUACAGAAAAGCACGAAGGACAUGAAAUCGAACAUGAAUCUACAAACACACAUAUAGAGCAUAACGAACCAGAAGAACAUAAAACAACAGGAGCAGAACAUGAGCCACAGCACAAAGAAGAUGAACAUGAAAACACCGAACAUGAAACAAUUGAUAAACAAACUCAACAUGAAAUACAAACCGAACAGGAAAAUACAGAAGAACAUGAAAAAAUUGAAGCACACACACAACAUGAAAGUAGCGACGAACAAACCGAACAUGAAACCCAUAAAGAGCAUGAAGAAAAUGUUGAAGUUGCAAAGAAUAAAAGUCAUGAUAAUAAAGAAGAAAACAUCGAAAAUGAAACAACACAAAUGCAAAAACAAGAAGAAAACGAAGAUCACAAAAUUGAACAUAAUCAACACGAAGAACACAAAACUACAGCAGAAAAUGAAAAACUUGAAGAACAUACAGACCAUGAAAGCAGUAAAGAGCAAAUAGAACAUGAAACCACAGGCGGUCCUAAAGAACAUGAAGAACAUAAUAAAGAAGAAGAAAACGCCGAACAUGAAACAACAGAGGAACAUAAAAAACAUGAAUAUGAACAGCACGAAGAACCAGAAAAUAUAGAAGAACAUACAAAUGAGCAUAAAGGAUCAAAUGACUAUACUGAACAUGCAUCAACUAAUGAAGUUGAACAUAAAGAGUACGAUGAACAUACUGAACAUGAUAAUAUUGAAGAUGAAAAUAAAGCUACUGAAGAAUAUGCAGAUCAUAAAAUUAAAGAUGAACACCACGAACAUAAAACCACGCAAGAAAAUAAGGAAGAAGAAAGUGAAGACGAGCAUGCCAAUCAUGAAAUCUCAGAUGAGCAUAAGGAAAAUGAACAUAAGGAGUACGAAGAACAUAGCACUGAGGAGAAUGCAGUAAAAUAUAAACCUGAAGAUCAUGAAAAGGAACAUGCAAAAGAUAAUACAGAAGAAAAUGAAACAGAGAAACAUACAAAAGAUGAAGGUGAACAUCAUGAGCACAAAGAACAUACUACAAAUAAAAUUAGCGAACAGGAAGAAAAUAUUCAUCAUGAUAAAGAUAAGGAAGAUGAGGAAAAGCAAGAAGAGCGCACAGAGCAUGAAAAUAUACAUGAUCAUGAUGAACACAAAAGUACAAUGCAACAUAAAGAACAUGAUGAGGAAGAUAAACAGCAGCAUAAAGAUCACGAAAACCAAUCGCAUGAACAUGAAGAAAAAAAACCGACAGAGGAUCACAAAAAAACUCACAUAGAUCAUAAGGAUGAGGAAAUAACUACAAACAGUGGUGCUCAAGCUAGCAUCAAGGAAGGAGAAUUUCAUACGGCAAGUACCAUUCCUGUUGAUGAAGAACUAACGACACAUGUUGGAGCACAGGCUAGUGCGAAGACAAAAGAAAAUUUACACACAACUUUGUCCACAUCGUGUAAAACAACAAAUUCGCAUAAACAUGAUGAAAUAACUACGCACAAGGGAGCUCAGGCCAGUGCAACGCACGAUCUUACUUCAUCAGAAUGUACAUACAGUAUAGCCUCGAGCGAGAAAUUAUCGUCUACUCAAAGCAUCAACGUAUCGGAACAUUUAUCAUCUUCUGAAGAUAACUCAAAAUCGGAAGGGAUGCUAAUUAGCACGUCGACAACUGUAAAUGAGAUUCACGUACAAUUACCAACGUAUUUUCCAAAUUCGACCGUACCUAUUCCAAAUUUCGAGACUUUUUACACGACAGUCGCGAAGAACUCGGACGUCUACGAUGACGAGCAGAUAGACUCCACCUUAAAUCCGUACCAUUUUCGGUCGAUGAAACUGAAAGAUUUUGACCGAAUCACUGAAUAUCAAACAACAACUGUGAGCAACGUAUCUGUUUCAGUUGCAGCGUCAACCGAAAUAACUGAAUCCUCUGGCAAUAUUGAAAUUUCGGUAUCUGGAUUCCGAAACGAAGGAUCCUGCCGCAUCGGCAGUGAAGGAAACUCAACCUGCAUAUGUUCUAUAGAUAACUUGAUCAAAGAUCUACGUAAUAAAUCGGUCGUCGGUGAACUGAACAGCUCUCUAAACAGCUACAAGUGCGAUGUGUUCAAUGUUCCUUUGAAGAGUGGAAUCAAGGUGGGAUCUAUCAUACAUAAAAGGGAGAAGAGGAAUGUGGUUUUGCCGGGCGAGGAGAAACCGAUUGGUAAAAGAGAAGUGGUGUAUAAUAAAGAUAUUGAUACAGUUUUAACAAAAGACAUUGAGCUCGUGGAUGUCGGGAAUCAUAAAUACGUGUCGCCGGGAGCGCGCGUUAAGAUUCCGUGUGCCGAAGGAAAGAAUAUGACAACAAGCAAAUAUGAUAUAAAGUGGACUGAUGGAAAUGGUCAACCAAUCACCGAAGGAAAAAUGCAAGAAACUGACAUGGGUUAUUUGAUCAUCGACAAUGUAGUAGCUCAAGAUGGAGGAAAUUAUACCUGUACCAUUUCUAAUAACUCUACCGGCAUUCGAACAUUUAUACACCAAUUGUCAGUAGUUCAAUUGCCUAAGUUUGAUAUAAAUACGACCAUUUUAUAUACGAUGAAAGUUUUAUGCGAAAUGGAAGACGUGGAGGUAGUCAAAAUGUAUUUUACUACAGACAUUAGUGAUUUGAUUUGCGGGAGGAGUCAUAAGAUCUGCACAUUGGAAAUUACACGGAUUCAUUGCAAUAAUAAAAAGAACCACCAUUCCAUAUACGUCGCAUUGGUAUUCCGAGUGGAACCCAUGGAUCUAAUUAUACCAAGUUUGAAUAUCACCCAGUGCAAUAUCAUUUGUCAGAUGAGAAUUUACAACAAGUUGGUUUCGGUGAUUGUACAUAAUCUGCAAGUGUUUGAAACUCAACCCGUCAUUUAUCACCAACUUAGAGAAGUCACUUUAACUCCAAGCCAUGAUAAUACAACAAAUGAAACUACUGAAUCGCCUAUACUAAGUAUCGGAUGCUCGGCUGGAUUCGGAUUAAUACCAGAUCAACAUAUAUGCAUCGCUUGUGACCCUAACAGUUUUUCUGAUGGAGAUGAAGCAUAUUGCUCGCAAUGUCCGAAAUGGCAGUAUCAACCCAAUGUUGGUUCAAAAUCCUGUUUGACGUGUACAUCUCCUCUACAGAAUCCAAACUGCUUAACUGCUAUGAUGGACACGGAUAAGUUUAAGUUGUUGGCGUAUUCUGCGGCAGCCGUUUUGGUUGCUAUGUUCAUCAUAUGUUUAUGCAUACAUGGCAAAAGGAACAAGAUCGCAAGCAGCAGCAAGAAGUCUAUGAACAUUCACGAUAUAUCGAAGGGCAAAAGGGGUCGAGGCAACCAAUAUCUGGACGUGGAGAAGCAGGAGUUAGGGGCUGAACCAAGGCUGACGAAGAAGCGUCGUCGCCUGGAUCCUCCGAAUCCUCCGCCACCAGACUUUUAA